GUGUGUCGUCCAAACGGAAUACAUUAUACUGUAUGCAGAAUAACAUUUAGCUUAUUCAUUUGUUAAACUUCAAUAAACUUGUACAGCUAAAAUAUGUACAUUGGAUAUAUUCCAGUUGUCUUUUAUUUGUUUAUACUUCACAUACAAGUUUUAGGAUGUUCAACAAAACACUGUGCAAUAUGCUCAAAUACAGAAAAGUGUGACGCUUGUGACAUCGGAUACUGGUUAGGAGAGCACAAAUUCUGUUCUGCUUGUCCUCAUAAUUGUGAACAAUGUACAAACGCUACACACUGUACGAAAUGUAAGGCUCUCUUCUGGGAUAUACGGCCAAACAUGGCAUGUGGCUCUCCUUGUCGCGAGACCUGUACAAAAUUCGGAUGCAAUGAUACAACAGGGCAUUGUUAUGGAUGUCAUCCAGAGUCUUACGGGCCUUAUUGUUACCAGACCUGUGACCUGUGUCUUAACAAAUUGUGUAAUAGUCAGAAAUGUACAAAUGGGUGCAUUGAUGGAUAUUAUGAGAGCACAGUCGAAGCCUUUAAAUGCCGUAAAUGUUUUGGACACUGCACAUCAUGUCAAAGUCCGACAAACUGCAGACAAUGCGAAAAGGGCUUCUAUUUAUUUAACUACAAAAACUAUACUGUUUGUUCACAAUGUAGAUCAGAAUGCGAAGAAUGUAUAAGCUACAGUGAAUGUGUCUGUCCCCCGGGAAAAUACGGACCUACUUGCAGUAAAGACUGCAAUAUUUCAAACUGCAAGAGCUGCAUCGAGGUUGACAAAAAAGUACAAUGUUCUGAAUGUUUUAGCGGAUACAUACUUAAGAAUGGAAAUUGUAUUUUCUGUUCACAGUAUUGUUUAAGUGGUUGUGAUAGCAAUCAGAACUGUUUAGGUGGCUGCAAAGAUGGUUGGACAGGUCUAAGGUGCACGGAACAGUGUAUCAGCAAAUGCAAAAGGUGCGACCGAAUUGAUGAAAGGAGGUGCGAAAUAUGCGAUGGAGAUUUCUAUACAACAGCAUGCAGUGUAUCUUGUAGUUCAUCUUGCUUGACCGUGUCAGAAUCGGUGAAAUGUAAUAUAAAUAAUGGCAUGUGUUUAAACGGUUGUGAUAAUGGUUACUGGGGAAACAAGUGUGACAGACUAUGUUAUGAAGGUUGUGAGUCUGAAACAUGUGAGCAGUCAAAUGGGUUAUGUGAAAUUUGUAAUCGUAUGUAUUACGGGCAAGCUUGUCAGAAAAAAUGUAGUGAACAUUGUAUUGAUAAUGAUGCAUCAGCUACAAUUUGUUAUAAAACGAAUGGAACGUGUUUGCAUGGAUGUAAAGAUGGAUACGGCGGUGAUGCCUGUGAAGAAGAGCUCUCAGAAUCAACCUAUCCUUCAACAGCCAAGAACCAAGUAACUGGGAUGACUAAGCAAGUUGUAGAAAAGGACCAGCAAAGUGUUAUAGCAGUUGGUGCUGGAACAGGUGGAGGAUUCCUAGUUGUGAUUGUUUUAAUCGUUAGUAUCGUGUGCAUAUUGAAAAGAAAGCUAAAAUCAAAUAGCAACCCGAAUGUCAGGGAGGAAAGAACAUAUGUAAAUACCGCCAUAACGAUGCAAGCUGUUGCCUCUACAGAGAUAGAAGGCGGUAUUGGAAAUAUAGGAUAUGAUAAAACAGCAGAUGAAACACUCCAAAGUGUGUACGAAAGGUUAGACAAUGGCGCAAUCGAUGAUCAACAUCAAUAUAGUGGAUUGGAAGGACAUACAGAUCAGCAUGAUACUGGAUAUGUAAAUAUUUGAAGUCGCUUAGGUAAUAGCAAUACUUAAACAGCUAUGUUAGCUCUGAAUUGUAUACUUCCUAAGUGUUAUUUCAAUAUGAAGUUAUUGCUUCAUAUUGGAAGUGUUCCUUCAAAAACGGAUUGUACGAGUGGCUAAAAUACAAACAAUUACUGACAAUUACAUUACAAAACAAUUACAAAAAUAUUUAUUUAAUAGGAAUUAUAUGUAAAUAUCUAAAAAAAUCUAA